AGCGCAGGCGCUGUGACUUUUCUCAAAGUCAUUUACGUCACAGUCAGGAAGCAGCGAUAUCUCCGUGCGAGAGUAAUCCUUCUUCGGCAGUGUUGCUUUGAUUGAACGGUGCAUUUUCUGGAGUUUAUUCCCAGCUCUAAUCCGUUCUUAUAACUGAAAGGCAGGUGUUGGUGACAGCAUGGCUCCACUCCUGUUGAACCACCUCGUCAGCUCCCUAACCCGCCAUCUGACCCGGAUCACCCUCAGCCAAUCCUACCCUAUCACCACCACCAUCAUCUCCCGAUGCCUUUCCUCCCUUACCUCCUACCCAGUCAGAGUGCUCCUGACGCCAAGUAGACCCAUCCAGCCCUUGGCCUUCUCCCCUGGAUCUUCUUCCCAGGGCCGGGUCGCCCUCCAGGGCCAGUGUCAGCACCUGGCCUGCCUCCAGCCCGCUGUAGGGAUGAAAACCAAGAGUGCUCUGAAACGCCGCUGUAAAGACUGCUUCUUUGUGGUGCGGCGGGGAUGUCUGUUUGUGUUCUGUAAGGCUCAUCCCAGACACAAGCAAAGGCAGGGAUGAGGUGGUGAAGAGGAGCAGGGGUUAUGAUAAUGAUUUGUGUAUGGCCCUGUGAAUUGUUUGUUACUUGUAUUGUAUUGCCACAUUAAAGUGUUUGACUGAUUGACA